GGAUCCAAGCUUUUCCUUUGUCUCUCUCUCUCUCAGGCGGCCCAUCCUCAUUAUCAAAUUCAAAAGAUUCUCAGUUAAUUAGAUAUAGAAAGAUAUGCGAGAGAGACAAAGAAAAGAGGAGCCAGCUGUUGCCGAAAACCGGCCCGCGAGUAGCGUUGUCGGUGAGUGGUUAAGCUAGCUCUGAUGGACUCGUAUCGUUAUCAACAACCUCAAUCCAUGUUCUUCCACUUCAACAGAGAUGGUUUUCGGUGUCGAUCCAUGGUAGUUUAAUGACGGCCACAACGGCGGUUUAGGGUUUUACAAGACGAGAUCGGAGAUUGUGAUGACGGGUUGAGAUCCGGUUGGAGACAACGAUAUCGACGGCGGAUACGCGUUGCCAGUGAUUAUUGUUAGGGUUCCGGGAAAGUUAUAAUGACAAUAAACGGCUGAUUCGUUCGGGGUGCUACACUUAUAUUGACAAUGAGGAGAUGAAAGAUAACGAAGAUCCGCCGCUGACAUGGAUCGGGCAACAGCGGCAGAACGAUUUUUGGUUUUAUGUUUCGAUCGGCGACCAUGUCUUCUAUUUCCGGAUUGUGAAUAGAGUUAUGUGCAUUGAUUCAAGAAGCUACCUUGACAGAACCAUAAACUAUGGUCUUCAUCGUUGGAUCCACCUUGAAUGUAACAGAUUGAUGUUAGACGUUACAUCAUUUAGUGCCUUUUCGACUACAACUGGUGACUACACAAAGAAAUAUGAAUUAGAAAGUAAGUUUCCAGCAUGUUGUUCAUCAUUCAUAACUAAAGGCUUUGGUGGUGACUGGUUCAUGCUUGCUGUUUUCAGAAAAGAAAAAUGCGAAAUGAUUCAGUUUACACAUUAUCGGGCAAACGAUGGAAGGAGGAAGAGGAGAGCAAAGAUGGAAGGACCCCAUGGAUGCAACCUGAAAGGAAAAAAAAAGAAACAUGAAAGGUGGAGUUGAGAAACAGCCGCAAUUCAUGGGUAGUUAUGUAGGAACAUGGACAGAAAAACUGCUCAAACGUGGGAUGGUGCUGCUCAGAACUGCUGCUGUUCGGUUCAGUUAUGUAGGAACAUGGACAGAAACUGCUCAAACGUGGAUGGUGCUGCUUAGAACUGAUGUCAACAGCGGUUAAAAUGAAGAGUUUAUACGGCCCAGAUUUAAUCUUAGCAUGAUCGAACGGAUGAUAUUGAUUUCAAAGGUAACCGUCACUUAAUGGGUUCCAUAUAUAUAUAUAAUACGUACCGGUUUGGGUGAAACCAGCUUUGACUUUCUUUGACUCAGCAUGAACCAGUUUUAAAACCGCUCCUGUUUGGCCCAAAAACUGGUUGUUCGCUUCUAUCUCAAUACGUUGUUUUGACACAUCCGUAACUGGAUCUUGAAGAACCCAUGUUAUUGACGAAUACCUCAUUGAGGUGGGUGGUGUGCAUGAACGAAAAAAAGAUAGUUCUAUCAGUGUUGAAUGAAUGUCAACACAACAGUCAUGGACUCACCAAUUGGGUUCACCCACCACUUGAUAAUGUAAAAAAUAUCAAGGUUGUGUUCGUUUCAGGUAAUAAAAUGGAAUCUUAGGGUAUGUUUGGCAAAACUAGCUGGUGGCUGGUAGCUGGAAGCUGGAAGCUGGUAGCUGAUGGCUGAAAGCUGGUAGCUGUAGCUGGUAGCUAGUAGCUGUAGCUUUUUAGAUAUAUUUGGUGUUUGGUAGAGUAGCUGGAGCUUUUAAUAAAAUGUAUAAAAUUACCAAAAUGGACAUAACUAAAAAUUUAGAAAGUUUGUGCAUUAAAAAGUUUCUUAUUUUGAAAGGUUAAAAUAGUCAUUUUUUCCUAAAAGCUUGUAGCUCCUUCUAAACGCUACUAGUAGUAGCGUUCAACCAAAAGCUUCAAGCUCCUAACCUAAAAGCUUAAAGCUCCUUCAAACAAACAAGACUUUUUAUUAAGUAGAAGUUUUUUCUUAAAAGCUUAAAGCUAGAAGCUCCUAAAAACUUCUAAAAGCUCCAUGCCAAACAUACCCUUAAUGGAAUUGGAAUGUUGGAUUUCAUUUCUUAGUUUUUUGAGAAUCUAAUGGAUUCCAUUCCAUUAUGUAAAACAAACAUACCUAAUUGCAAAUCAAAUUUGCAAAUUCCAAUUCCAUUAAUUUCACGAAACAAACACAGCCUAACUUUAUAUAUAUAUUUGAACGGAGUUUGAACCCUAGACCUCAAAGGGAGCAAAACCUUAACUCCAAUGACUUGCCAAUUAAACCCAACUCCACACACACCUAAUUUUAUUACAUACCUAUUAAUUUAUAUACAUUCUAUUUUACUAUAUUUAUAUGAAUUAUAAAUUUUUUAAAUCAAUUUAUAAAACAUAAAACAUUUGAAAAUUGUUUUAAUUAGGAUAUAGCUCCGAACACAGUGGGAUUCGGUAGCAAUGACGACAACCGAAAUUUGAAUUUUCUUACAUUGAUUGUACUAACUUCUAUUACUUAUGUACUUUUAAAUAGGAUAUAGCCCCGAACACAAUGGGUUUCGGUAGCAAUGAAGACAACCGGAAUUUAUAUUUUCUGACAUUGAUUGUAAAAAAAAUAAAAGUUACAAAAUUUAUAAUCAGUGACCAAACAUACUGAAAUAUAUGCACAUAUUAUGAAUAUUUAGUCACACCAUUAGAUUGCA